UAAGAGAUUUUGUCUCAGCACUCAGAAGACAGAGAGAUUGAAAAUGGGUAAAAGACUGAAGCUAAUCUUCUGGAUUUGUGUCUACAUUCUUGCCUUUCUGGAUUUUGGUAUGGCAAGCAAUAUAGGGAUAUGUUAUGGAAGAAAUGCAGAUAAUCUUCCAAGCCCAAACAAAGUAUCCGAGCUAAUCCAACAUCUCAACAUCAAAUUUGUCCGAAUCUAUGACGCCAACAUCGACGUCCUCAAAGCUUUCGCAAACACAGGAAUCGAGCUCAUGAUUGGUGUCCCCAACGCUGAUCUACUCGCAUUUGCUCAGUUCCAAUCCAAUGUAGAUACUUGGCUCCGCAACAACAUCCUCCCUUAUUACCCAACCACCAAAAUCACUUCGAUUUCCGUCGGUCUCGAAGUGACCGAAGCACCAGACAACGCCACUGGUCUAGUCUUGCCUGCGAUGCGAAACAUCCACACCGCUCUGAAGAAAUCCGGUUUGGACAAAAAGAUCAAGAUCUCGAGCUCGCAUUCCCUCGCUAUCUUGUCACGCUCGUUCCCGCCUUCAUCUGCUUCUUUCAGCAAAAAGCACUCAGCUUUCUUGAAACCGAUGCUUGAGUUCUUGGUUGAGAACGAGUCUCCCUUUAUGAUCGACUUGUAUCCGUAUUACGCUUACAGAGAUUCCUCUGAAAAGGUUCCGUUGGAGUACGCUCUGUUCGAGUCAUCUUCGCAGGUUGUUGACCCUGCAACGGGUUUGCUUUACUCCAACAUGUUUGAUGCUCAGCUUGAUGCUAUCUAUUUUGCCUUGACGGCUAUGAACUUCAAGACCAUUAAGGUUAUGGUCACUGAGUCAGGGUGGCCAAGCAAAGGCUCGCCUAAGGAGACGGCUGCAACUCCUGAUAACGCUCUGGCUUAUAAUACCAACCUCAUCCGCCAUGUCAUUGGCGAUCCAGGUACUCCUGCUAAGCCUGGGGAAGAGAUAGAUGUGUACUUAUUCUCGUUGUUCAAUGAGAAUCGGAAGCCUGGGAUAGAAUCAGAGAGAAACUGGGGAAUGUUCUACGCAAAUGGAACGAAUGUUUACGCCUUAGACUUCACCGGGGAAAGCAGUGCCACUGUUUCUCCAACAAAUUCAACCACAGGUACAACGAGUCCAAGUCCAAGUUCAAGUCCAGGUAACAACGGUAACUCAACUGUAAUCAUUGGAGGAGGAGGAGGAGGAGGAGGAGGAACCAAGAAAUGGUGCAUUGCUUCAUCGCAAGCUUCAGUGACGGAUCUGCAGAGUGCAUUGGACUGGGCUUGUGGUCCUGGGAAUGUUGAUUGUUCUGCUGUUCAACCAAACCAACCUUGCUUUGAGCCAGACACUGUUCAAUCACACGCAUCGUAUGCGUUCAAUACGUAUUACCAGCAGAGCGGAGCGAGCAGCUUAGAUUGCAGCUUCGGAGGAGUCAGUGUUGAAGUUGACAAGGACCCUAGCUAUGGUAACUGUCUGUACAUGAUUGCUCCGGCUUCUGAAGGAACGAACAGAACAAUGGCGGGUAAUAUAACGGGAAACAUAACUGCCAUUGAUUCGCCAUUGGCUUCACCUUCGUCGAGCAAUGAAGCUUUCAGACAAAUGAUGGUUUCUGUUGCAGCUUCUGUUUUGUUACCGUGCUUUGUAGUUAGUUUGAGUCUUUGGUGACAAUGUCUGUGAAGUUUUGAGUAGUGAGCUAAACCGGAAUAUGAGUGAAUUAUUGUACCGGUAAUUUCUUACACCGCUGAGCUGGAAAGACGAGCUUGGUGAUGUAUUUGUGUGGUUCGAAUGUAAUCAUUUCAAAUCACAGACUAAGAGAACCUGAAUCGGGCAACAUUUUAUGAGCAGAU